AAACUUGUGCGAAUCAGAAUGCUGUUGGCUCAUUUACGACGCUAUAGGUUGCACUGAAAACAUCUUGCGGGUUAGAUCUAAUUACAACAACAACACGAAAAAAAAGAGAAAAAAAAGCUGUCAACUGCGAAGUUUGGAAAGUUUGGUAUUUUCGACUUAGCUGACAGUAACGUUAGUGACAUCAUUCAGGAGGUAGAUAUCAAUGACAGCAGUGGCCAGAAAUGUAAACCAGCAUGGCCAAUGAUCCCCAUGAAGUGGUGCUCUUGAAGCAACUUGAUUUUUUUCACCCAGAUCUCCAACGUCACAAGGCGGAGUGUCUUCUGCUUCAGAACGGUGACGAAGGAUCAUUUCUCAUACGCAACAGUAAAACCACUAAUGAGUUUGCAGUUUCGGUCAAGUCUGAAGGAGCAGUGAAGCAUUUCAAGCUGCUGUGGAUAGAAGAUGUGUUCCAGUUUGGACAUGGCACGUAUCAGAGCUGUAAGGAGCUGGAGCGACACUUCAACAGCCAUCCCAUGCUGGCCGGGGAGUCAGGUAAGCCCACAAAGCUAGAAGAGCCGUAUCCCCGUGAUGUGGCUGAGCCGUCUAUCUACGAGACAGUGGUAGCCCACGCAGAGGGCGGGGAGUUGGUGCAAGUCAGGAAUAACAAGCAGCCACGAUCAGUAAACUCUAAAGAUGGAUAUUUGACAAAGCAAGGAGAAAUCUUCAAAACGUGGAAUGUGAGAUACUUCAAGCUUCAAGGCAGUGAGCUCCGGUAUUUCAAGGACAGCUCAGCUAAAGAGCCUCUAAGGGUGCUGGACCUUGACCAGUGCACGGGCUGUCACUUUCAGGGCGAUUACAAGGGAAAACACCAUGUGUUCAGUUUGACAUUUUCAUGGAGGACAUUCUACAUUUUUGGGGCAAGUGAUGAAGAGUCAAAAGAAUGGGUAAACAUGAUCAACUGGAAACUGAACACAACCAAACAGGAGCUGUGACAUUUAUAACAGUGACAGGGAUGAACUUGCCUCACAACUGUUAUUAACAGAGACUAAAGUGCCUGCAAUAUCUUAUGGUGAUGCAAACUCUGCUUGCUAUUAUGUAAUACAAAUUUAGCAAUUUUAUACAUUUGCUGGAACCAGGAAGUGUUGUUUACAUUAGGACAGCAAAUUGCUUGUCACAUCUGUAUCAUUAUAGGCCAUAAUACAUUUAUUGUAUGUUUGGGAUUUUGAUAUAUAAAAAAACAAUAUUUGGUUGCCGGUAUCAUGGCAUGAUAAUGGUACACAUGUUUUUUAUGAUAACUUUGAAUGUUUUUAUGCCCCCUGAUGGUGGGCAUAUAGGGAUCGCAUGUCCGUCCGUCCGUCUGUCUGUCUGUCUGUCCGUCACGCUUUGCGUUUGGGUUUCAAAAAUGCUCUCAUAACUAAUAUGUUGCUUCAGAUGUAACCUUUAUAUUUGGUAUGCAUGUGUAUAUGGACAAGGCCUUUCCAUACGCACAUAAAUUUUGCCCCCUAUGAACUUGACCUUAGGGUGCGCGUUUAGGUAUUGAAAUCUGCGUUUAGGCUUCCAAAAAGCGUUUUUCGGGGGCAUAUGUCAUCCUAUGGUGACAGCUCUUGUUUUCAAUUAAAAUUUACUGAGUAUUAAUUCUAAAUUAUGUUUUAUAAAGCUAUGUAGUCAAUCGGAUUAUUGUAUUUAAAACUGAGCAUUACUCUGGGAGAACUGUGCUUGUGCAGUCUUCCCAGGCUCAUCAGAGACAACAUUUGCCGCUUUUUAAUGGAAUGUUUAGUUCACGAGUCUGUUCUAACUGAACAUUUUGUGAAUGCCGAAAGUGCCAUCCCUGACAAGCCUUUGUGGAUCAAACUUUAUGCACAUACAUUCAGCCAUCCCUGACAAGCCUUUGUGGAUCAAACUUUAUGCACAUACAUUCAGCCAGGUGUUCACAGAGGGUUGCUCAAAUAUAUUUGGUUUUGUGUAUUAUAUUUCCUUUAUUGUUGUCCAUUAACUUAGACCUUGUCAUUGAUAAUGCACAUGUUUGUAUUUGUCUAUUGUUGACCUUUAAAUUUAUAGGAUACUUUUGAAAUAACUUGAAGUAAAGUUUCAAUAUCUUAUUGUAUCAAUCACCAAUCAAAACAUAAAAUAUGUAAAGCUAUUAGAAUCUCUAAAAUAUAUAGGAUACUGAUGUUAACUUUUAUCAUCUAUUCUGAUUUAAAGUAUGUUUAUUUACCCCCCGUAAUAAGCCCAUCUAUUUCUUGAUUUUAUUUAUCAUAAUAUGAAGAAAGUAUAUUAACAAAGUGCUUAUAGUGAACUAUUGUGAUCAGUCUUUCAUGUAGUGUUUGUUGUAUGUUGUCAACUGUUUGGUCAUAAACUCUCGGCUAAUUCCUAUGUUAAACCUUGUAACCACUCUAGAAGCAACAUUUAUGAAUCAUUCUUGAUGAAACUUGGUAAAUACUUAAUUCAGAGACAAGUGGGGUGAACAAACUAGGUCAAGAAAAAAAAUAAAUAAACUUUUGUAAUUGUUAAUAUGUAGCUCAUUACCGCUCUGUAGGUCAGAUUUAUUACUCAAUCUUGAUCAAACCUUGUCAAAUGUUCAUCUUGACUAAUUCUAGGCCAAAUUCUAAUCAAGUGGAGUCAAAACCAGGGUCAUGAGAUAAAAACGUCAUAAAGCUUUACCACUACAGAAGCAAAUGUAUGGCUCAAUCUUGAUAGAAAAUUUGUCAAUAUUUAUAUUGAUAAAAUCUAGGCCAAGUUCAAACCUGGGUCAAGUGAUAUCAAAACCAGGUCAAAUCUAAGAGACAUUGUUACCACUAUAGGAACCCCAUAAAUGGCUCAAUCUUGAUGAAACUUUGUCACUAUGUUAAAAACUAUGUUAUGAUGUCAAAUCUUAAAAUAUCUUGUUAUCGUGCUCUAAGCCACAUACAUGUUUGGAUCUUGUAUAACUUUAUAUCAAAUAACUUAAUGUAUAACAUAUUAGAAUCUGGGUUAAGUGUUGUCAAAAAUCAAGGUCAUCAAGGCAUUAAUUAUGGUCUGAGUGUCUGACAUUAAAUUGUGAUCAAACUUGGUAAGAAUGUUUGUAUUUACAAUAUCUAAGCCAAGAUCAAAUUUAGGCAAGGCUGGCCCAAAAACAAGGUUACUAGGUGAAAUCUUAAAAAACCUUAUUGUCUAAAUUCCUUAUUUGUUGCUUUAUUAGUAUAAAUCUAGUAGUAGUAGUAAACAUUAAAAUCAGAUCAUAUGAAGUCAAAAAUUAGGUUGCUAAGCCCAAUAUUCGACAAUUGUUGUUCAUUGAUCUGAGGUGAUACCAUUGCAGACAUUAUGGCCUCAGAUCUUGUUUAAAUAACCUCAUCAGGUGAUUUCCUUUUGCAAUUAUUUUGAGUUUCAAGCUUUAAUACUGUAAUCAUGAUUGUCUGCACUUGAAAAGAAAUCUUGGUCAAGUGAGGUCAAAAACGAGGUCACACGUUAAAAAGGAUAUGUUGCUAAAUUUAAACUGUGAUUGUUUAUACUUGCACGCCUGUCAUAUAUGCACACUAUACUAUGUAAAAAAAGAAAAGGUAAGCAAUAGAUGCUUAUUUAUUUCUUAAUGUAUGCAACAUUAUGUGUUCUAAGUAGUUUGUGAAGGUUGCAUAUUUAUUAUGCUCCCCCCAAAAUAAUUGGUGGAGCAUAUAGUCGCCGCUUCGUCUGAUCGUCCGUGUGUCUGUCCAUGCACAAUUUUUGUCCAGGCUUAUUCUCAGCAACUAAUGAUGGUUACAUCUGAAGCAAUGAAACUUUAUGGGAAGCUUCACUACCAAGAGGAGAUGUGCAUAUUAUCAGCGGGUUCUGGUCGGAUGAUUUUUCACAGAGUUAUGGCCCUUUGAAAUUUUCCAUUAAUUGUACAUAUAGUGCAAUUCUUGUCCAGGCUAUUUCUCAGCAACUAAUGACCGGAAUUCAAUGUAACUUUAUGGAAAGCUUCAUUACCAAGAGGAGAUGUGCAUAUUAUCAGCGGGUUCUGGUCGGAUGAUUUUUCACAGAGUUAUGACCCUUUGAAAUUUUCCAUUAACUGUACAUAUAGUGCAAUUCUUGUCCGAGCUAUAUCUCAGCAACUAAUGACCGGAAUUCAAUGAAACUUUAUGGGAAGCUUCACUACCAAGAGGAGAUAUGCAUAUUAUCAGCGGGUUCUGGUCGGAUGAUUUUUCACAGAGUAAUGGCCCUUUGAAAUAUUCUAUAAAAAAAUUAUUGUCCCCCCCCCAACUACUGUGCCCUCAAGACGUUUCCUUUUAUCUGAAUAUAUAGUGCAAUAUGGUGAUAAAAAAAACUUUGGGGAGCAUCACCCGUCUCCGACGGUUUAUUGUUAUUAUGGAUAACAUAUUUUUUAUGCUCCCGGAUCGAAAGAUCGAAAGUCCCACUGAUUGAAUUCCAAAUUUGUCAGUAGACAAAAAUUUUAACCUCAGAUGUGUUUUGUAGUAAUUCUUUAUUUUAAUUAUUCAUUGAGGCCAGACUGACAGAGUUGCCUCAUAAUGUGUUCAGAAAAUAAGAGUGCUAAGAAUUACUGAGCCUUGCUCUGGGAAAUUGGGCAUAUGCAUCGAGUGUCGUUCCAGCUUAACCUGUGCAGACUUCACAAGCUAAUCAGGGACAACACUUAACUUAAACUCAAAUGCAUUUAGCCAACUUUUACCAGAGAAAGGCUAUACAUUGUCGCUGUGGUUCUCAAACCUCCUAAAUGCCAACUUUUCAGAAGAGAGAAAAAACCGUCACAUUUUUUUAUAACGUUGUUUUAGAAAUUGAAAUUAUGUUAAAAAUACCAAACAAAUGAAGCUGCAAAAUAUGGUAUAAGCCGUAGACGCGUUAGUCAUACUUAUAAGUCAUACUGAUAUUCAGUAAUGAUAGCUACGAUAUUUUGUCACCACAGUUUUGUCAUUUUUAGCUCGGCUGUUUUCGGAGAAAACCCCGAGGUAUUAUCAUAGCCAGCUUGUCUUGUCGUGUCCGCGUCGUGCUAAAACCUUAACAUUUUGUCAAGGUUUUGAACAUUGACUCUAAAAUCAAAGUGCUUCAACCUUCAACUUUGAAACUUAAUAUGUAGCUGCACCUUGCUGAGUUCUAUAUGCCACACCCAUUUUUGGGUCACUAGGUCAAAGGUCACUGUGACCUCUUAAAAAAAAUAAAAAAUUCUGACAAGCUUUCAUUUAUUAAAAACCGCAGCCGAGCGUGGCACCCGUUAUGCGGUGCUCUUUUUAUGAGGUACGACAAUUCGUCCUGAUAGGAAACCUCAUAGCUGCAAAUAUAAAAACGUUUUUGUCAAAUUUGUCAAAACGAAAUGACAUACCGAUAGGUGAAAUGACGUCGCAACGACUUUUCGCAGAAAAAAAGCCAACAAUCAAGCUACAACAUUUCAUAAUGUGGCUUUUUCAAUGUCUCUGAUUGGCGUAGAGCUACGAGAUAUAGCACAAAACAUGCGCCAGACUUCAUAUAUUCGGAAAAGACGGAAAAAAAUUGACAAUUUUGGAGCUACAAGCUUUGAGAACGACAGUGACAUUCAACAUUUAUUUACAGAUUUCCGGUAUAAAACAUCUGUAUGUUGUUAACACGAAUUGCUCUUAUCAAACAUUAGUCACACAUUGUACCAUAUUUUGAACUAUAAUACAUGUAUUUCAAUAAAUGUUAUGAAACAUAAGGGAAGUUUCGGUAAAAACUCUUCAUCAUGCAUCAUCAAUUCCCUGUUUGGACAACUAUGUGCUUUCAUGGACGGAGUUGUGUAAAUUGUAUUUUGAUGUUGGUUGUACGUCAUGAAGUAUGACAUGUUUGUGUUUUUAUUGAUUUUAACUUAUGUUUUGAUUCUAAUGAUAGGAAUACCCCAAAACCUAAAGUCUUAUUUAUGUAAAUAAAUUUAGACAAAUCAAAAAUUGGCCUCAAGGACUUUUGUUCUGUAAGAAUCUUUAAUUUACAAUGUAUUAAAUACUUUUUAAGGAUGUAAAAUAAGAAACAGAAGUAUUGUGUGCCUUCAGUGGCGUGAUACUCGUGAUAUCUAUAAGCAAAUAUUAUAUGCUUGGCUCGUUCCCCAUAUUCAUACCUGGCUUUGUUAGCGCACAUAUUAAUGAAAUUAUAAAGGUAACAUAGUGCUUUUGUAAUCCUUUUCUCAAUUUUACUUGAAUACCACACGGAAAGUAGCAUUAUCAGCGUAUCAAUAUUUCACAUGUUAAUCCAUGAAGGUCAGUGUCUAGGUAUUAUUGGCAUAUACCAGUAAUUAAAUUAAUAAUAUUAUAACAAAAAAACUUCAUCAACAAUUUAUUUGAUAAAAUGUUUUUAUUGUGUUGCUAGAUUAUUAUUUGUUUAGAUUUUAUAUCUUUUGUAGAUGUGAAAUAUUUUGCCACUCUUAAGUAGUCGGUCCAUGUUUUUCGUCAUAAAACAAACAUUAAACAUGUUCAUUUUAUCGUGUGUUUUUUCCUUAUUGCAAACAUGCAAAUUGCUCAAAGUUUAGUUGACAAAAUUUUCCAGUAGAACGAUCUGAUUAUAUUUAGCUCUUUCUGUGUUACUGCUGUUCUUUGAUGUUUCAUGAAAACAUCUUUUAUCUAGCGUCUUUUAUUUGUAAUAUUACCAAACCAAAUUGACCGAGUUCAAAAACAUGCCUUUGAUAAAAAAUUACUUUUCCUCACUGUAAUUUUUCAUUGAUGCAAUAUGUAUUUAUAUAUGGUGGGUUGUAGUGUUUGUUAAUGCGAUACAUAGAUCUGUUUUGUAUUUGCAUGAUUAUAGCUUAUUUUAGUACCAUUAUUGCUUUUUUUAACUCUUGAAGGUGCUCAUAUUUACCUUAAAAUCAAAUUCUUAAAUCAACAAUCUUUUCAUAGUGAUCUUUUUAUACGCCCGUUUAAAAGAAACGCGACGUAUUAUAGUUUCACCUUGGCGGGGGCGGGCGGGCCUGCGGGUGGGCGGCGUCCACAGCAGUUUUCGCUCUCUAAUUCGAUUAGUUUUCAUCCGAUCUUCACCAAACUUGGUCAGAAGUUUUAUCUAGACAAUAUCUAGAUCAAGUUCGAAUAUGGGUUAUGCCGGGUCAAAAACUAGGUCACAGGGUCUCUUAGUGAAUUUGAAGCAUUUAGCAUGGUUUCCAUUCUCUAAUUGAAGUAGUGUUUAUCCGAUCUUCACCAAACUUGGUCAGAAGUUGUAUCUGGACAAUAUCUAGGUCGAGUUCGAAUAUGGGUCAUGCCGGGUGAAAACCUAGGUCACGGGGUCACUUAGUGCAUUUCAAGCAUUUAGCAUGAUGUCCGCUCUGUAAUAGAAGUAGUUUCAUCUGAUAAUCACCAUACUUGGUCAGAAGUUGUAUCUAGACAAUAUCUAGGUCAAGUUUGAAUAUGGGUCAUGCAGGGUCGAAAAUUAGAUCACGAGGUCACUUAGUGCAUUUCAAGCAUUUAGCAUGGUGUCCGCUCUCUAAUUGAAGUACAGUCAAACCUGAGAACAGCGGUCAGUCAAGGAAAAUGACCAAAGUGACCGUUGUCCACAGGUGACCGUUGAAUUCGGAUUACGAUUUAAAGAUGGUUUGUCAGUUGGUAGUAUUGCUACAUCGUUACCCCACCCAGUCGUUUGCAUACAGUGUAAAACAAAGGCUCGUUGCCGUUAACUAAGCAUAUCAGAAAUAACUUACGUGUGUACAUUGAAUAAUACAUAAUCAUAUCUUAUAGAUUGAUUUAAUUUCAUCUUGUUAAACUAAAGCAAUGACUUUAUCAACGCUGGUAUAAUUGUUUACUCAUGCAUCUCGUUCAUUUAGUAAAUAAAGUUUGUCACGUGCCGUUGACGUCACGUCCGUACAAGUCUAAAAAGUGGAUUCGCUGUCAUAAACCAAUAGUACGGUGUAAUUGUACCGUUGAAAGUACCAUGUACUAAUUAGCGGUCAUUUAAUUAGCGAUAAUUACUUUAAAAGUGUCACAAACUCUGACAUAUUUUCUUUUGAAGAUACCCCCACACUUAUCUCCAGAAAACAAACCGUCUCAACACCUUAUUAUUUGUUUACUCGCAGCGGGCUGCUUUUAUAAUAUUAAAGACAAUUACCGCUUUCAGACGCUUUAACCGCAAAAUAGACGGACAAAGGAUGUGCUGUGUUUUUAAUUUUCGCGACUCGAAACGAAUGACACGUGACAGUUGAUUUCAGGUCAAACAUGAAUUUCGGAGUGGAAUAUAGUGGCCGUUGGCCGCUAUGGCCAGGUGGCCGUUAAAUUCAAGUGUAAUAUAGAGUGAUUUUCGUUGGGGAGAUUCCAGACUGACCGUUGUCUGCAGGUGACCGGUAAAUUCUGGUGGCCGUUAGGUCAGUUUCGACUGUAGUUUUCAUCUGAUCUUCACCAAAUUUGGUCAGAAGUUGUGUCUAGAUGAUAUGUAGGUCAAGUUCAGAUAUGGGUCAUGGUAAAGUUAUCAAGUUUUCCAAAACCUUCAAAAGGGCGUAUCUUGUGACAGAUUGGCACUCUUGUUUUAUAUAAAUUUGUCUUGCUUUGUAUGUGAACAUUUAUAAUAAAAUCUAAAAAUAGCACAUGAUAUUUAAUUAACUUCUUUCAAAAUCCCUAGGUCUCUUUUUGUAAUAGUUAAUAUGCUUUUUAAGAAUGUUCCAUUUAUUGACUUUUUUCUAAUAUAUUGUUUAAUUUUAUUUCAUGUAUCUUUCAAAAUAGAUGAACAUAUAUAACUAUCUAUUUGUUGCUGAAUAUAAUUAAUUUGUUGAAAUGCCUUGCUUUUGUUAGUACCGGACUAUCUGUAUGGAUUUACAUGCCUACCUCUUGACAUUUACUUGUUUUGACAGUAACUUACAGGCUGUGGAUCUUAAAUUUUAAUUAGAAUAAAGUCUUUAAAUAGAGGUAUA